AUGGAGGGGCUAACUGGAGAAGAAUUAUGUAACUGUUGUCAGAGGAAGGGAGUGAAUCCCAGAAAUUGUAUUGGAAUUGUGGGAGAUUUAUUGGAUACUUCGGAUGAAACAGUAUUAAGAAAAGUGAGUAACCUGUAUGGUGUUAUAAGGCCCAAUAUAAUAGACAAGUGGGAUGACGAAGUAGCAAAGAAGAUUGCUGUCCUGGUUGAAACGGAAAAAGAAUUAGACGUGAAUUUGAUCCCAUUAAUGAUAAUGGCCAAUGAAGAAACAGGACGAAGAUGGUCUAUUAUUGGUCCAAGUAUCCGGGAAGAAGAUACCACUAGUGCACCCAUCUCGGCGAUGAUCUCGCCGGAGGGUGUAGAUGGAGGAGAAGUUAGUGGCAAUGGACACACUACUACCAAUGUGAAUGGUGGACAGUUCGAGACCAUGGUGGAUAGAGUGGUUUCCCAACUUGAGAGAUGGCAUUACGAAGGGAGUUAUCGAAGGUUAAGGAUAUUCUCUGGUAUAGUACCUGUGCCUACCGGGGAAGAACCCUAUGAAUCUUGGAAGGAGGCCGCGGUCCAACAAGCGGAGGAAUGGCAGUGUCCAGAUAAAAUAAAGCAACAAAGAGUAGUAGAGAGUCUACGUGGACCGGCUAUGGGGAUAAUACAAGCUGCUAGGAGAAGUAAUCCGAAUGCCACCUUGGAGACCUACCUCGAAGCCUUGGAUUAUGCGUAUGGCACUUUGGAAGACGUAGGGGACCUUCUAUCAAGACUGCAUCACACGUUUCAAGAACCCAACGAGAAAUUGAGCGCCUAUAUCAUACGAAUAGAUAAGUUAUUGUAUAAGAUUGUUGAAAAAAAAAGGAAUCACCCGAGAAGUGGACAAAAGUCGCAUGAAACAUUUGCUACGAGGAGCCUUGACAAAUGA